CCCAUCACUCAAUUAUUUUGCCCCGACCGCCACUCCCCCCACGACCUUUUUCACCUCUAUUAAUGUUCCGAAGCAAACCCAAACCAAAAUAGAUCCACUCCACCAUCACCAAAACCCAAAACCCCAUCGCCACAACUAUGGUUUCGUCACCAGUGCCAGUAAUGCUGUUGAUGCUGCUCCACCUCCACCUCCCAACCAUCAUCACCUCCUCCGCCUCAUCGGCAAACCAUGGAUACACCAUACCUCACCACCCUGAUUUCCAACACUUCAAUGUACAAGAAAUCAUCGCCGAGACCAAAACCCCGCCUACCCAAUUCAUAUCCCAACACCAGGACCUCUGGGAGACCCAUGAGAGUAGUCAUGAUCAAGGAAAGUGGGAGCUGAAACUACUUCAUAGAGACAGAAUAGCAGGCGCAACAGCAUCAUCCCUCCACCACAACUACCAUGAUCGUUUUCUUGAGCUCAUGAAACGAGACGCAAGAAGGGUCACUGGCCUUAUUCGCCGCCUAACCGCAAACACUAGUACUGGGACUGGUCCUUCUCAUCGUGAGGUGGAUGAGGAUUUCGGAUCGGAGGUGGUUUCGGGGAUGGACCAGGGAAGUGGGGAGUAUUUUGUUCGGAUAGGAGUUGGUAGUCCUCCAACCAGUCAAUACAUGGUCAUCGAUUCCGGCAGUGAUAUUGUGUGGGUACAAUGUCAGCCUUGUAACCAGUGUUACCGCCAAGCCGACCCAGUGUUUGACCCUGCCGAUUCUGCUUCCUUUGCCGGAGUGUCUUGCAGCUCAGCUGUGUGUGACCGCCUGCAGAACGCUAAUUGCCAUGCCGGUGGGUGUCGAUACGAGUUGUCCUACAAUGACGGUUCCUACACAAAAGGCACGCUUGCGCUGGAAACGAUCUCAUUGGGGAGCACCAUGAUUCAGAACGUGGCCAUCGGGUGCGGACAUACAAACCGGGGAAUGUUCAUUGGAGCGGCAGGUUUAUUAGGACUUGGAGGUGGGUCCAUGUCCUUUGUGGGUCAGCUUGGUGGUCAGGCGGGUGGUGCCUUCAGUUAUUGCUUGGUGAGUCGGGGCAACGGGUCGUUAGAGUUCGGGCGGGGAGCAAUGCCCAUGGGUGCUGCAUGGGUGCCCUUAAUCAGAAACCCAAGGGCACCGAGUUUCUACUACGUGGGGCUGUCGGGUCUUGGAGUGGGAGGCGUGCGGGUGCCCAUACCCGAAGAUGUGUUCGGGUUAACCGAAGCAGGGAACGGAGGAGUGGUUAUGGAUACAGGAACAGCAGUGACAAGGCUCCCAGAAUUGGGUUACCAGAUGUUCCGUGAUGCCUAUAUUGCACAGACUGGGAAUCUCCCUCGGGUCUCUGGAGUCUCUAUAUUUGACACGUGCUAUGACCUAUCCGGAUUUGUGACGGUUCGGGUACCAACAGUAUCAUUUUAUUUCUCGGGUGGGCCAAUCCUAACUCUUCCGGGAAAGAACUUUCUGAUUCCGGCGAAUGAUGGGGGAACCUUCUGUUUUGCAUUUGCUCCGUCUUCUUCUGGACCUUCAAUUAUUGGGAACAUCCAGCAAGAGGGCAUCCAAAUUACCAUUGAUGGGGCUAAUGGGUUUGUGGGAUUCGGUCCAAACGUUUGCUGAGCGAAAAGAAAACAUCACUUUCCUGAAUUUUGGCUAUUGGCGGGGUCAGAUUGUAUCUCGGAGGACUAUUCUACCUUAUUACCUCGGGGUCUCGUGAGAACUUUAGACGCCUACAAAAGUUGGAACCUUUUGUUAGUGAAAUUAUAAAAGUGAAUCAAUAAAAGGUAAAUUUAGCAUCAUUUAGGAUAUACUUUCCGGUUUCUGACUGGACCUGAGCCUUAAACCAGUACCCUUCACAAUUUGCCUGCCAGAGCAUCCUGCCCUUUGAGGAACUCAGACAUACUACCAAUGUAUACUUGUGAGCUCAUUCUACCUUAUCUUAGAAAGAACUUCCAUUCGAAUAGGGUGAGAGGCUUUAAAGACGACGACUAGCCCAUUAGGGGGAACCCAGUAUGCAAUAAUUUUCUCGACUUUGUGAUCACUUUUAACGGAUUGAUACUUUGACAAAUGCUACCAUGAACACAAUCUCGAGAUUACUCAUGUC